AUGUUAACUAUCCGUGUCGGUAACCUACCAGUUUGCCUUUGCUCAAACUUGCGCAACACGUUCAACCCGACUUAUGCCUUCGGGGUUAAGAGGAAUGACGGCACGGUGGCACUUCUCGACGGGAAAAGUGGCCACCUACUGCUCCCAUUUGAUGCGGAGGGGAACAUUAUCGUCACUCCUGGGGCGGAUUACCAACUUGUUUUCUUGUCCAACGAUUCAACUUCAUCCACUGUUCACACAACGCAGGGCCUGGGAAAAGGAGGCACAAACAAAACUAGUCAUGAUUUCGAGCUUACAAAGGCCCUUGCAAAGGAUGGUUCAAUUCACCGGGAGAAGAGGCGUUUAGACGAUGGGCGAGCCACCAGUCGUGAGAGGUUUCACAAGGGAAAUGCACACUACUCAGUGAGUGAUUCUAAACCCACGAAGAGGCGUAAAAGAGAUCAUUCCGUAGACAAGGAUGCAGUUGUCGAGGCCGAAUUCGGUUCUCAAUCGAUUAAUAAAAAGGAGAGGAGUGUUAAGGCAUCUCGUAAAGACUCUAACAGGGAAGAUUCUGACGAUCCCGAUGAUAUUCCGAUAUUCUGCACGUUAGCCGGAAAGCCAACUCCCGCACCCAUUUCAUCAAAUCACACCCCAACAGUUUCUCCCGCUCCGAAGGAAGUUUACCUCGUUGAUAAUUUUGAUCCCACCACGAGACCGGCACAUUCUGAGGAAGGGGCUCUCGAUAGUUCCGCGACGGAGCUCAUUUCUUCAUAG